AUGGAACUCGACCUCAGUAUAAGAGAUUACAUAGACAAUCUAGAUAGCGCGUCACAUAUUAACGUCAGCUGGAUAUUUGUGCGAAAUUUCCCAGCGGAUUUUCAUCCAAUAGCCAAAUGCACUCUAAAACUGCAACACGAGCAAUAUAUUAUUGGAGACUUUUUUGGAGAUUGGCUAACAUAUGAAUUGGAGCUUAAAAAAUUAGUGUCUACCAAUUCAUAUGCGGAAGCCCUUCUAAAUGCAAUGAAGAAAAGGAAAGAUACACUUAUAGGAAAUAACGCAUUUAUUGCUGCACUUUAUAUGCAUCCGCGCUUUAAUUUCGACAACACACCUCUUCUAAGCUAUGAUCAAAAGCAAGCUGCUGUGGAUCAUUUAAUUAGGACACGUGAUAUGAUAAAUAAAAUUGGUAAGCCAUCAGAAGACCUGUACGGCUACAGUUCUCCAGAUCUUCCAAGCCAGUCGCUUCCCCAAGAUGAACUUCCGUCCACAUCGAAAGGCAUAUAUGACAUACUGCCGCUUCUUGUAAACGCAAUGAGAAAUGCACAAGGUCCAACACCACAAAGAGGAGAAAUGGCCUUUAAGGAAAGACAAGCUAAACUUUGCGAUAGGGAAAUGGAGCCAUUUCACGGCAAUAUUUUGGACUCCUGUCGGAAAUUAUAUCGGAAUGAUGCCGAUAUGUUACAAUUAAUGGAAGUUGUACUAGCCAUACCUGCAACACAAGUUUCUGUUGAAAGAGCGUUCAGUGCACUUUCUACAAUAUUAACUACACUGCGAACAAAACUUUCAAAGAAAUCGCUGUCAAAUUUAUUAAUUACAAAAUUAAACUUUGAGCUCCUAAAUUUUUCAACACUAGAUGUUGAAGAUAGCAACUAA